CAGAAAUGCACCGUGCUACCUGAAUGUUACUCUGUUGGCGAAUUCCAACAAAGGCUCCCAUCUACCUUGCAUGUAAAUUACGACGAACUGGUCUGUAUCGAUUCCACUCUACAACCACUGAUACUUCCACGAGCAAGCAAUUCUACAUCACUACACCCAUCUUCUAUCCGAACGCGGUCCCGCACAUAGGUCAUCUAUACUCACUCGUCACUGCUGACAUAUUCGCCCGCUUUGCACGCAUCUCUGAGCCGAAUCGUCCGGUGCACUUUUUGACAGGAACGGACGAACAUGGUUUGAAAAUCCAAAAGGCUGCCAAGGACCGCGGAAUAGAGCCUUCUUCACUUUGUGAUACUCUAAGCGAGCAGUUUCGUAGACUUGGUACUUGUGCUAACAUCAGUAACACGGUAUUUUUGCGUACAACCGAAGCAAGACAUAGAGAGGCUGUUGAACACGUUUGGCGUCGUCUUGCUGCACAAGAUCUCAUCUACAAGGGCACAUAUUCUGGAUGGUACUCCAUUUCUGAUGAAUGUUUCUAUACCGACAGUCAGGUCACUCAUCCGCCCUCCUCUCCAACUCCCGUCUCUAUUGAAACUGGUUCUGCAGUCGAGUGGUCCAGCGAGUCAAAUUAUAAGUUCCGUCUCUCUAGCUUCCGGGAACGCUUACUAGACUACUACACUGCGAAUCCGAACUCGAUAUACCCGUCGGCUCACCGAGAACGGCUGAUACAGACCCUCAAAGAUGAACCUCUGGAUGACCUGUCAAUUUCACGACCGCGGGAGAGAUUGAGCUGGGGAAUUCCCGUUCCGGGUGACACGUCGCAUACUAUGUAUGUGUGGUUUGACGCACUGACGGUGUAUCUCACUGGGGUUGGAUUCCCCGCUGAGCAGCAAGGGUCACUAUGGCCUCCCAAUAUUCAAGUCAUUGGGAAGGAUAUUGUUCGUUUCCAUGCGUUGUACUUACCUGCCAUGCUCCUUGCGAUGGGAAAGCCGCUCUCACAUACCCUUCUUGCACAUGCACACUGGACAGCACAGCAGCGCAAGAUGUCAAAAUCUAUAGGCAAUGUAGCGGAUCCGUUCGACGCAAUGGACACGUGGGGUGUUGAUGCCGUACGCUUUUACAUGGCACGCGUUGGCGGUCGUUUCAAAGACGAUGUUGACUGGUCUCCUGAACAACUCGAGAAGCAUGCAGACGAGAUCCGUAGUUUGCUCGGCAACUUCUUCCUGCGCAUCACCUCCAGAACAAUCCAGAAACGUGUAGCAUCUGCACCGCAAUUCACAUUUGCCCAGCUCCUGGAUCAGCCCCUCGAUGGCCCCAACGGUGACGUGCUAUCAUCACUGCGUACUCUCAAGGGAAGAGUAGAACAAUGUAUAGGAAAGUUUGAGGUAGGAGAUGCGCUCGAUGCUAUCAUCCUAGUCCUCAGGGAGGCGAAUGGUGCAUUAACACACACCGCACCUUGGUCGACACAGAACCCACCUGAAGCGGCACAAGUGUCCUAUCUCCUCUCGCUCGAGGUGCUCCGGGUUACUGGUAUAUGCUUGCAACCUUUCAUUCCCGACGCUGCGCGCAAUCUAUUGGAUGCCUUGGGUGUUCCGAAGGCAGAACGGAUCAUGGAUUUUGCAGCUGUGGGUGGGGGUAAGGUGGGUGAGGUGAGGGGAGUGAAGUUGUUUGAGGGUAAGAGAGAGAUAUAGCCAGCGGGUCGUCGAUAAUUGUCUGUUGUGAAAAGCCAAAAUCAUGGAUCAGACUACGUUGGGCGAGCAUGUUCAUCUGUAAGAUUGAGUAGACAUACACAUAGGCUCGUGCCACCAUCUACGACUGUUGUUGUGCAGCUUGCACGUGCACCAAAUUCCCCUCCGUUUCUGGACUCUUCAGGAUCUUCUCCAGCUCAAAACAUUUGUGCGCAGAUAUCUUGCAGGAGAUGCAUAUCAGCAGUAUGUUUAAC